CUUUUCCUUUCUUUUACUUACUUUAAAAACCCCUCUUUUAUAAGAGGAAGAACUCGUGGGGUGUUCGUUUAGAUAACAUUGUGAGGGUGGUCGGGUCCUCUCCUUUUCCUCCUAAGACAGUCCAUUUAAGAUUUAGGAAAUUGGGUAUCUUUUAUAUUUGCCUCAUAAACACAAACUCCUAAACAUAAAUAGCCAUUUUUUAUUUUAUUUAUUUUCUUACUUGUUUUUCUUAUCAUUUAUGUUGCUUGACUGGGUAUGUGCUAAUAUCUCAAAUGAGUUGUGUCCAUUGAUGCGUUUUGGAGCCCAAAGUCUUUUACCAAAAGGGUAUAGCUGGAUUAUUCAUUCCCUUCUUGUUUACCUAUAGUGGUUCUGGGAUGGUGGCUUUUGAGGUAUGGAGCUUAAUCUUUGAUGGUUUUUAAAGUUUCAAGAUUGUUAUCAUCUGGGUAGAGCUUAGUCUUUUUUAUAUUUUACCACAACUCGUUCACUUGGGGACACUUGUGUUGUGAUGUAUCUGUUUUCGUGUAUACUUGAUUAAUAAUCGUUUUGGGGACCGAGAGAUUGGUCUCUGACCUUUAGCGAAAGAUUUUGACAUUAAUUCCUAAUCCACCUCUGAGGAGUUUUGUAUCUUUGAGAGUUCAAAAGCUAAUUUGAGGCUGGGGAACGUAUGUUUUUUUUCUUCUUAUGAUUUUUACAUUCAAUCCAAGGAUAUGGUUUCAACUAAAGUUAAAAUUUCGUCAUUAUUUAUAACCCCAAAAGUUUAAGAGGGUUUUGGAUUCCAAACUCAGGCAUUUCUUGGAGAGGGCUGAGAAUUGAAAUAAAGAUGAAAUAUUGGAGUUAGGGUAAUGUUUUUCUUGUGGAAGGGGGAUCAAAAAUGGAUUUUUGGCUUGUUGCAGCUGCUGCUGGUGCUGGAUAUUUGGCCAAGUAUUGGCAGAACAUUCCCAAAGAUAGGGAUAAGUUGUUACAAUUGUCAAAUGGAGAUUCUGAUUAUAAGAAAACUGAAUCCUCGGGUGGCCCCUUCCGCAUUUUGAAACACAGAUCAAAAUUACCAGGCAAUGCUGCUAAAGAUAAGACAUUUGAAAUUGAAAAUAUACUUACAGAUAUUUCCCCACUGGAUGAUGCUUCAGGAACUGAAGUUGCUUCUACUAGUGGGAGCAGUGAAAAGCUUGGAAGCUUAACAAGUUACCAAGAUUUGGAUGUACUUUCUGUAUUAAAUUUGCAGGCGGUAAAUUUUGGGGAUGAAAAUCUUAAACAGCAUGAAGAAGGAGGAAAUCGGUUACUUGGUGGUUAUGAUGUUAGUGAUAAUUGUUAUGAUGUAUCACUAUCACCAAAACAUUCCGCUGAAGAAAUGGAUUCCAUAAUGAAGAACAUAAGCUCAAUUAGAACUAAACGCUAUCGUGGCCAUUUGGUUAAACCAAUGAAUUCCUUGGAGAGUUGCCUUAUGGCUCAAUUAUACAAUGAACAUGCUCAAAUGAAAGAGUAUGUGCUUAAUUCUGUUCCAUCACCAUCAACACCAGCUAGGAGGACACUGUUUGUGACUGAUGGAAGCCGUGUCAUGGGCAGUGCAUACAAUAUGCCCCAAACUGGAACCAAAGCAUGUUUAGAAAAGAAUGAAAAAGUUUUUGGGGUUCCACCACUACCAAAAGUUGGGUCUAUGUCUCACUCAAAGAAGACGAAAUCUAAGACAGGAAAGGGACAGAAUAGAAAGUUGUGCAGUUCCAGUAAAUUUUCCAAUGGAAAAGGCUUCCAUUCUCAAGGCUCGCUGGAUGGAACAGUGUUAUUCUGUCUCGGUAUCUCUAUCGGCAUAAUAUCUUCUUUCAUAACCAAUAAAAGUGAAGUUGACAAGUUGAAGGAGUUGCUGAAUCAAACUGAGAACUUAGUUCAGGAUUUACAUGAUGAACUUGAAAUGAAAGAUUCAUUGACAGUGAAGGAGCUGGCUAAUGAGAACUAUGAAUCACAGGAUACAUAUGAGUAUUCCAUUUCUGAGAGGGCUCAGAACACAUUAUUUUCUGAACAAAAUAUUGAUGGUCCUAUCGAAGAUGAUGCUAGAGAUUCAUAUUUACAGAAAGCAGAGGAGAGUUCAGAGUCUAUGAGCAAAAUUGAGGCGGAGCUUGAAGCUGAACUAGAGAGAUUGGGGCUAAACAUAAAUGCAUCAACUCAGCAGAGAAGAUUGUCUGAUGUUGUUGAGCUUGAACCAGACUUUGUGGCGGAUUUUGCUCAAGGUGAACUGAGAGUUGACAUGCUUGGAGGGAAAGCUAUUGCCAAAACCAAGUCAAGCGAAGAUGGACCUAGCACCCAUACCACUCAUCACUCUGCAAAUUAUGCAGUUUCUCCCAGGCAGCUUAGCUUGCGUCUGCAUGAGGUUAUUCAAUCAAGACUAGAAGAACGUGUAAAUGAACUUGAGACAGCACUUCAGAACAGCCAAAGAAAAAUACAAAUGAUAGAAUUAGAACGUAGAAAUUGGGGAGAGCUCUCAAUCAGUCCACUAAAGUAUCCCUCAAUGCAAGAAAGUCCUGCUGCUAGAGAAGAAUGUGAAAACAUGUCUCAACCCUUUGUCAUGGCUUUAUCAGGGGAAGCUCUUGAUGCUUACAAUGAGGCUCGUGAAGAACUGAUGAAGAUGAGCGACUCAGAUGAAGAGGAUUCGCCUUGCAGGUUCUAUGAAAAUCCCCAAGGCUCGUGCUGUUCCAAUGACAUUAUUUCUGAGAGUCAAAAUGGCAAAACAAAUGGGUCUGUGCAACAUUCUCCAACAGCUGAAGAGAAACCAGUUGGUGAAUUCUCUUGGAGCAAUUUAAGAAUUCAGGAAGAGCGUAUUUCCUUAGUUCUUGGAUCAAACGAGACUUCAGAUAGUCAAGAUGAGAUUAGUGAUGCUGAUGAUGAGAUAGAGAAGCAACUGAUAAAGCAGAUUGUUGAGCGGACCAAAAAAGGGUCUCCUGUGGUUUUGAAUGCACAAAGGCUUCUGUUUUCGUUGGACGAAAAUGAGAAUCAAGUGGAGAAGUUCUAAGUUUUGCAGUCUGUAUAUAUAGAUGAGGAUAUGUUCAUUUAUCUCAAAAGCUAACAACCCUUUGCUUUGUUGUACUUUAUUUGUCUUCAUUUGGAGCCUCUCUUCAAAGUUUACAGACCCUAAUCAGAUUUUACUUUAAUAAUAGGAAAUACAGUUUGAGCAUUUUCUCA